AUGAUUCCCUCCUUUGCCCGCUUUCCCCCUCUCUUCCUCUCUCCUUCAUUCCACUCCCGUUCCCCCUCACCUGUGCUUACACCUUCCCCCCUGCCUCUAUUCACAUCUCCUCCCCUGGCAGUGGCGGUGGUGUUCGAUCUGGUGAACUCCUAUCUGGGCGCCAGUGCGCCAGUGGGCGCCAGUACUCAGAACUCCCCCCCUUCUUCCCCUCUUCUUCCCCCCCUCCCCUUCCCCCUUCCUCGUGCGCAUACCGUCCGCGGGAGAGGGGAGAGGCGGUGGCGGUGGUGUUCACCUCGUGGACUCGCGCGCGAGAGGGGAGAGGCGGUGGCGGUAGUGUUCAACCUCGUGGACUCGUUCCUGGGCGCCAAGGCGCGUGAGAGGGGAGAGGCAGUGGCGGUGGUGUUUAACCUCGUGGACUCCUUCCUGGGCGCCAAGGCGACUUUAGCGCGGGAGCGGGGAGAAGCAGUGGCGGUGGUGUUCAACCUGGUGGACUCCUUCCUGGGCGCCAAGGCGCGCCACUUCGCCUUCAUGCUGCGCGGGCUGAGAGAGGUGCAGCCCUCUCUUGCCGCACUUGGGAUCCCCUUCUUCCUCUUCCAGGGCAAGGCAGAGGAGACAGUCCCGGAUUUCGUCAUGCGAUGUGGCGCGUCGCUGUUGGUCACCGAUUUCUCCCCUCUGCGCAUUGGGCGGCACUGGCGCGAGGCCGUGUGUGCCAGGCUGGCAGAUCUGGAGCUCAGCCAAUCAGGGAGCGGCAGCAGCGGCAAUGGCAACAGCAGGCAAGGGGCCACAUUAGCAGACAGGGCAGCAGCAGGAGAUACAGGAGAAGCGGCAGGAGGAGAUACAGGAGAAGCUGCAGGAGGAGAUACAGGAGAAGCGGCAGGAGGAGAUACAGGAGAAGCUGCAGGAGGGAGGGAAGGGGCAGCAGGAAGGGAAGGGGCGGCAGGAAGAGACGAGCUGUGGGAUGCGCAGGUGGGGCUGACAGGCGUGCAUGAGGUGGACGCUCACAACGUGGUGCCCAUCUGGGCCGCAUCAGACAAGUUACGCCGCCCGCACCAUCCGCACCAAAAUACACCGGAAAUUGCCAGAGUACUUGGUGGAGUACCCCCAGUUGGAGCCGGGGUGCACGGUGGAGUGGACGGGGGAGAAGCCGUCGCCUGUGGACUGGGACUCGUUAAUAGCUGCUGUGAUCAUGCUGGUCCCGAGGUGCCAGAGACGGACUGGAUAGUUCCAGGGGAGGCAGAAGCUGCAGCGGGGCUGAAGACGUUUCUGGACAAGAGGCUGAGAGGAGGGGAUACGACAGUGGGCGCAAUGACCCCUCAAAAGGCCCUGCGGCUGGUCCACUCAUCUCUCUUCUCUCCCCUAUUUAUCUGUCUUCCUAACAGGGCUGGUCCGGAGGUACCAGAGGUGGACUGGAUAGUUCCAGGGGAGGCAGCAGCUGCAGCGGGGCUGAAGACGUUUCUGGAGAAGAGGCUGAAGGGGUACGACAGUGGGCGCAACGACCCCUCCAAGGGCCCCACCACGCUCUCAGGGCUCUCCCCCUGGCUGCACUACGGCCACAUUGCCCCCCAGCGGUGUGCGCUGGAGGCAAGGAAGACAAGGAAGCAGCACAGCAAGGCGGUUGAUGCGUUUCUAGAGGAGCUGGUGGUGCGCAGGGAGCUGGCAGACAACUACUGCUUCCAGCAGCCGCUGUACGACUCGCUGGGGGGCGCGUGGGGGUGGGCGCAGCAAUCCCUGGACGCACACCGCGGAGACAAGAGAGAGUUCGUUUACACGUGA